GAGUGGUACACGAAGAAGAAGGAGGGGGAGACGAAGAAGAAGUUGCCAGCAUGGCGUUUACACUCUACUCUCUCAUCCAGACCGCUAUCCUGUGCACUAAUGCAGUGGCUGUGUUACAUGAGGAGAGGUUUCUCAGCAAGUUCGGCUGGGGUGUUGAACAGGGAGUUGGAGGUUUUGGGGAUGAUCCAGGAAUCAAAGCCCAGAUUCUGACCCUCAUCCGCUCAAUCCGGACUGUCAUGAGAGUUCCUUUGAUAAUCGUGAAUUCAGCCUGCAUCGUCCUAUUGUUACUGUUUGGGUGACAGUGGUACGCCAAGCGCCAAAAGGAAGCCAGAGGACCGGACGUGCCAAGGAUCGACGUUACACACACAGACACACACACACACACACACACACACACACACACACACACACACACACAAAUAUCUGUCAUUCAGAGACCUCUGUCUUCACCAGACAUCAGCAGGGUGGAGAUGUUUGUCCAUUGGACUGUCACGUGACCCAGUCAGAGGUGAAGACUAACAGCGGGUCGAACUCUGACCUGACCUGCUCGUCUGUGUGAAACAAAAAGAACGGACUGAUAAAAUAAUUAUUCAUUGUAACACAAAACUUGACGAUGAUCAUCCAAAACUCAUGUUUAUUGCUGUUAUUUUAUCAUGUUGUUACCACAGACUGUGUAAAGAAGUGUUGUCAGCAGUAGGGUUGGACAACAUGUAAAUAUUUAUCAUAUGCCGUUACAUUUUUAUUCAAGGCUACAGCUGUCUUUUUUUAUUAUUAUUAUUAUUAUUAUUAUUGUUCUAAUAGAAGUCUGGGAGUUUUUGAAACUAGAUCAAAGUUACUCAAAGUGUUUUUAAGGCUGCCUCUAAGUCUUAUUUUAGACUCCAGUAUGACAGUGCAACAUUUUGUUCUGAACUCUAAAAUAAUUCUCAACAUUUCGACCUUCAGGUCGGAAAAUUUUAUUUACUGACAAUAUAAACUGUUGAAUUAAUGAAAUCUGAAAAAAAAAGUCCAGUUCCAGUUUGAUGUUUCAUGAACUGUUUCAGUUAAUAUGAUGAACAGUGUGUAGUCUUCUUGACUUUAAUUUGGGUUGGGUUGAAAAUUGUUUUAAGCCGUGUUCACCUCUGCCCGCCCUGCUGAGUUCAAGUCGACUGCAGAUGAAAACGGAGCCUAACAAAUUCACCAGGAAACCGACAGACCGAGAGAUUCAGGAUUUGUCGACACUUUGUCAAACAGACUGUUACUGUUGUUGUUCUCUCUCUCUGUGCCUAACGGACUUUAUGGAGAGUCGUUGCCGACUGAAGGAAGGAAAUCCACGACCUACCUGACGUUUCAUAUUUGCUUGCCAUUCUCAGUCGUCUCUGUUGAUGUGUAAAGACGUUCUGUGAUUCAUCCGUCUGAGAGAAUUCAGUUAAAUGUGGGUUUAAUGUAGAUUUGAAGCAAUAUUGCCAAACACAGCUCAGAGCAAUGCACCUUUGUGCCGUUUACACAGUGACACCCUCUCAGUGCCAAAAACACUGGGCUGGUAAUGAGAUGUUUGUUGUCUUGAAAUAAACGUAGUGCUCAGUUGAAA